AUGAGGGGUUGUCGGUCGUAUGGUUGCAUAGAUGAGGGGAUCAGUGGGUUGUUGUUGUUGCAAAUGAAGCCGAUACAGAAGGUAUUAUGCCCACACACUUUGGAGCUGGCGCCAGACGAGGCGGUAUAUUACUUGGUAAGAACAACAGCUUUGAAGAAGUUGCUGGAAGAGUCAGAUGAUACCGAAGCGUCCGUGUGGUCUGUGCCCAUCUCGGCGGCUAAAUUGAAGGAGGCAACGCGCACGAAAGACCUAAAUGUGGCGGAAGUGGUGGUAGGUACCACCGAGAGCGUCUGGCAGGAUGCCCCCCAACCGUACGCUAGCGAAGGAAGACUCCUCAGCCCAGCCGCAUAUGAGAAGCUCAACUAUUACCGUAGUGUAUACCGUUUCAAAGCAAGCGGGCAACAUCAUUUUCUGACCCGUAAGGGCUUGACCUUCGAGUCGAUACUCCGCAGUAUUCACUACCACGACCAACCCCGAUUAUCAAGGAACACAACAACUAUACCCACCGUCGAACUCUUCCAAUACCCAAUCGAAGAUACAUGCCAGAUCGAAAAUAAUUCCUUUGCUGACUUCAUCAUAAAAGGUCGAGUAACCGACAUCAUCGCACCCGCUGAAGUACUGAUUGCCCUGGAACGCACCACCUCGUGUGCGAUAACGACCACGCCAGCUUCCAGUUGUUCUGAUGAACAGUGA